AUGGAUCAACAACGGCAAGACGCAGAACAGAGGCGACCCCUCCUAUCUGCAUCAAAUCAGAACCCAUAUCCCAUACCAUCCUACGACGCCACAACCACAGACACAGCCACAUCAACAACGGGGUCAACGACACUUGCACAAGAUGACGGAUACGGCAGCGAAGACAACCGCACCUCAAGCACGAGUGAAGACGAAGACCCCGCCGCAGCCAAGGAUCAGUCAACAUGGAGGACAUGGUACCGAUCCAUCUUCGACUUCUUCCAGGGUCUGGGCAAGUUCUUCCUGAUCCUCGGGCUCGGCACUAUUGUGCUUGUCCUUGUUCUGCAAUAUACCCUGCCGAGUGUCGACGAGGAACAUCGGAAGGACAUGCAUUUCCCGCAUUCGCUGGAGGACCUGGAGGCACUGCGCAAGAUCCUUAGUGUCUAUAUGGACAAGCAUUACUACCGUGUCCUCUUUGGCUUCCUCACCAUCUACCUCUAG